AUGGAAGACCAGGAAGCUCAAUUGGCAAAGCAACUUCUGAGUUCCGGCUUGGAAGUGCCUAAAAUCCUGGAAAAUUUUGUAAAACCAGUUUUUAUUAAGCACUCAAAGGUUCAGAAUGCCAAACUGAGCAGCGGAAAACAACUAAAGAAACGCGUAUUGGACUUUGAAGAUAUGAAUGAGUCAUGGAGGAGUGAAGUAAUGCAAGCUACCAAUAUACUUCAAUGGUGCAUUUCUCAAACGAAGCCCUCUGAAAUCGAGCCAUUGCUUGGUCUCGUUAUUCCACCAAUACUAUCUCUUAUCGACGAUUAUGACGUAAAAUUAAAGAUUCGUGGAGUAUCUAUACUUGAACAUCUAUUAAAAUUAGUAGACUCUGAAACGUUUCAACGUUCAGGUCUUGGUGAAGUUUUUUAUGAGGCAUUAUCUAAGUGUCUCACCUAUCUGGAUGAAAUAUCAUAUGUAACUCUAAUACGCAUAAGCUUUUCGACAAUUAUUUCCUUGGUCUCGUUGAUCGAACCACUAGAAGCUGAAUCUAGAUAUAUGAAGUAUGAAAAAAUACUGUCUGACAUUGUUGUCAAGGGAUUGACCUUCUCUGGAGAAAAAUUAGCAAUACGUCGAGUCCUUCUAGAACAAAUACCAAGAAUUUGUGAAGAGCUUGGUAUUGUGACCGUUAAGUACUUACAGGAUUUGAUUCAAGCUCUUUGUACUACUCUGGAAGUUUUAAUUAUUUCAAACAAUGAAGAAAUUCUCGGGUUACAUAUAAGCGCUGCAAAAGGAUUAGAAAUGAUUAUCACUAAAUGCUGGCCAAGGAUAACACAAUAUGAAGGACAAAUAUUAAAAUCUGUAGCAACUUCUUGGUAUCACAUAAAUCAACUUGAACAAAAUGAUAUUGAAACGCUAAAUGAAUAUUUUAAAAAAGAUAUUGGAUUGCUUAAGACCACUUUGCAGAAAAUAUGCUAUCUUUUAAAAUUAGCGUGCAAAAACAAUAUUGUUUUUGAGAAAGAUACUCAAGCCUUAAGAAUAUUAGAUAAAACGUUUGAAAUAUUGCUAAAAGGUUUAUAA